CGCUCGGUGUGGGCGGAGACUUCUGCCUUCCGUCCGGAAGAAAAUAAACCCAAACAAACAGCAAAAAAAUUCUGGGAAGUUCGACAGAAACUUCGCGGAGAACGGAACCGCAGCGGUACCAACAGAACCGCACGAACCGCUGGCGCGAAGAUGGCUACCGGCCCCGGAAGCGGAACCACGAACGCGGAACCGUGGGGCAGCUUCGAUGAUAACCUGAUCCAGGGCCGCUCGGCCGUCAUCGACAUGGAGAACCUGGACGACACGUCGGGCUCCAGCUUCGAGGACGUUGGCGAGAUGCACCAGAGGAUGAGGGAGGAGGAGGAGGUGACGGCGGAGGCGGCGGAGGCCGAGGAGGGAGACGACGGAGAAUUCCUGGGCAUGAAGGGGUUAAAGGGUCAGCUGGGACGGCAGGUGGCCGAUGAGGUGUGGCAGGCGGGAAAGCGGCAGGCCUCCCGGGCCUUCAGCCUGUACGGCAACAUCGACAUCCUGCGGCCGUACUUCGACGUGGAGCCGGCGCAGGUGCGCAGCAGGCUCCUGGAGUCCAUGUUCCCGAUCCGCAUGAUCAACUACCCUCAGAAAAUCGCCGGCGAGCUUUACGGCCCGCUGAUGCUCGUCUUCACGCUGGUGGCUAUUCUGUUACAUGGCAUGAAGACGUCCGGAACUGUUAUUAGGGAGGGAACCCUCAUGGGCACCGCCAUUGGGACGUGCUUCGGUUACUGGCUCGGCGUCUCGUCCUUCAUCUACUUCCUGGCUUACCUGGUCAACGCGCAGGUCACCAUGCUGCAGAUGCUUUCCCUGCUGGGAUACGGUCUGUUCGGUCCCUGCGUGGUUCUGCUCGUCACCUACAACGUCCACUUCCACUCCCUGUUCUACCUGCUGUGGCUGCUGGUUGGGGGGCUGUCCACGCUGCGCAUGGUGGCGGUGCUGCUAUCCCGGACCGUGGGCCGGACGCCUCGGCUGCUGCUCUGUGGGUCGCUGGCCCUGCUGCACAUGAGCUUCCUGUUUUACCUGCACUUCAGCUACCACCGGAUCCUGGAGGGACUACUGGAUUCUCUGGAAGGACCAAACCUGGCUCCCAUUCAGCGAGUCCCCAGAGACGUUCCAGAAAUGGCGCUGAACUCCACCUUGCUUGGACCGGGCCUGCUCGCAACCCACUGAUACAUUUUACUCUGAAGUUCUGUUAUUGUUCUAAUGUGUACAGAAAAUAAACUCUGAAACCUGAA